CUAGACUGAGAGAUGGUAUUAUACACAUGAUAUGAAGCGCAACUUGCCCCACAAGGAUUUCCUAGAAAUACGCUGCGCUUUAUAAAAUAAAAAUUAUAAUACUGCCUGAUUUAUGACAUAUUCUUUUUGAAUCAACGGAUUCUUUUCAUCGAAUUGAAUGUCCGAUUAGGGGAUUUUAAACUAUAAACUCUUCGGUUAACCAUCAUUGCUUCAAGACUGACAAAAAAUCUGAUAGAAUAAUAGUAGUAAUGUCGGGUUCUGGUGAUAUGGGAAACGAUAGCAGUGCAGGGAGCAGUGGUGGAUUAGGCGACAGUAGCGGUAAAAUUAGGAAACAUCACCAAUCAACAAAUGUUCUGCAGAGGAUGACCGGUAUAUUAGAAGAUAAAAGCAACGAUUACAUGUGUCCAAUUUGUUUUGAUCUCAUCGACACGGCAUACAUCACACGUUGCGGACAUACGUUUUGCCAUCACUGCAUCGUCAAGUGUCUAGAGAUUAAGGACCGAUGUCCAAAAUGCAGUUUCACUCUGAAGGAACAAGACAUCUUUCCAAACUUUUUGUUGGACGAACUAGUCUCAAAAUAUAAAACGAGAACUAAAGGCCUCGCACAGCUAGGCUCUUAUGCAGAGAACAGCAGACAUAGAACGUCGGGUAACGAUUUAUCAAUACCGGCAGCCGAUGGAUUAAGAAGCAUCGUGGCGGCGGAAAGCGCCAAUCUCACUUUACCUGAUGUAAAUGUUAUGUUGGAAGUACUGACUCAGCGGAAACAUUUACUGGAGGCAGAGACUUGUACCGCGCAAAACAAACUCCUGUACGAAUUCCUAAAACACUUGCUGCAACAAAAGGAGGAGCAGAUGAAUCAGUUGCAGAAGGAAGUGGCGCUAAUCAAGAAAGACAUGGAGGAGGUGGAAAACAUUCUAAAAGACGUUCAGAGCAAGUGUCCACGAGCGGAGGACGUGAAGAAAGCAAGCGAAAAUGAUAACGCGCAGGUCUCGGCUCUCAGAAGGGAGAUGCUCGGCCUUAUAGACAUAAUAGAUUCGAAUAUGGUGAAACCUAGCGACAAGGCGACCGUCGGCAACGAUAACUUGACAAAUCCGAGCGUUGCUCAGUCAGGCGGAUCGACCCUAGCUGUACGCAGGAAGAGGCUGCAUGCUCAUUUCGACGAUUUCGUUCAAUGCUACUUUGAUUCUCGCGGUAAAGAAUUGCUGCUUGGUCAGAAACUGCAGUACCAGAGUGAAGCGCAGCAGCACGGCGGCGUGCACAGCACGAGUUCCGGUUUGAACGUCUUCCGCGAGAAUCUCGUGAAAUUUUCAAGGUACACUUCUCUGCGUCCGUUGGCCACUCUCAACUACUCAUCGGAUCUCUUCAACAAUUCCACUAUCGUAUCUAGUAUAGAAUUUGACAAGGAUAACGAGUUCUUUGCAAUAGCCGGUGUGACAAAGCGAAUAAAAGUUUUCGAUUAUGGCGCCGUUAUACGUGACACUGUGGACAUUCAUUAUCCGUGUAUCGAGAUGGUUUCGAGCUCUAAAAUCUCAUGCGUUUCAUGGAAUUCUUUUCACAAGGGCAUGCUGGCGUCAUCCGAUUAUGAGGGCACGGUAACGGUAUGGGAUGCGACGACCGGUCAGAGGACCAAAGCAUUUCAGGAACACGAGAAAAGAUGCUGGUCCGUCGAUUUCAACGACGUGGACACUAGAUUGAUCGCAUCCGGCUCCGAUGACGCUCGAGUAAAAUUGUGGGCAUUGAACACCGAUUAUUCUGUAGCAUCGUUGGAGGCGAAGGCGAACGUAUGCUGUGUGAAAUUCAAUCCGCGCAGCUCGUGUCACCUGGCGUUUGGCUCUGCUGAUCACUGUGUGCACUAUUACGAUUUGCGUAACAUGAAGGAGGCGUUGUGUGUAUUCAAAGGACAUCGUAAAGCCGUCUCCUACGUUAAAUUUAUCAAUAAAGAAGAAAUUGUGUCGGCAAGUACGGAUUCUCAAUUGAAAAUGUGGAACAUCAACAACCCGCUCUGUCUGCGAUCUUUCGUAGGACACGUAAAUGAAAAGAACUUUGUCGGCCUCGCCACUGAUGGCGAUUACGUUGCUUGCGGUUCUGAAAAUAAUGCGUUAUACGUCUAUUAUAAAGGACUGACGAAACAGUUGUUCUCAUAUAAAUUUGAUGCUGUGCGAAGUAUAUUGGAGUUGCAAGACAGGAGAGAGGAGGAUCUGAACGAGUUCGUGUCUGCGGUAUGCUGGAGGCAAAUGUCCAACGUUGUGGUAGCUGCUAAUUCUCAAGGAAUUAUUAAAAUAUUAGAACUUUAUUAGAAUUAUUAAUUUAAGACAAUUACAAAUAAAAUAAUUAAAAAUUGUGACGAACGACAAAUCGUGAGUAAAGCAUACAUUUGAUCACCGUAAAUUAAAAAGGGUCUGUAUAAUAAAAAAGACCGGAAUCUAGAAAUAAGGAAAUUGUAUAAUAUGAAAGAAAUUAUAUUUUAGAAGAACAAUUUAAGAAUUACAGCAAUGCUUGGAGAAAAAUUGAAACAAAAUUAAUAAUGUGCGAAUAUUAGUUUUUUUCUAUCUUAUAUUCAUAUACUUAGUAUAUUAGGACCCUUUUUAUUUUAUGGCUUUGUGACUUGUGAUUAGUUUGUGAGUGUGAGUAACAACGAGAAACAAUGGAGCUAUUCUAAAUUUAGUGUAAUAUAAUAUAAUGCUACGCAAAAAAAAUUUCUAACGCAACGGAAUCUAAAUUGAAUGACAAUGAUGGUGAAAAUAGGUAGAUCAUAUCAUCAACCAUUAUUGCAGGUGGAGAUCUCCAAUUAAUCUAUGCUCAAUCAACCAGAGAACACAAAUAUUUUCUCUGGAUUGUACAUAAUUUAUAAGUAUAAUUGGGGAAAUUGGUAUAGUUAAUUAUUUUUGCGUAUCUUAAACCUGUUUUCUAAUCUAAUUUGAGUAUAAUUCUAAGUAUAGACUGAAUUGUAAUAAAUGAUAUAAACAUUUUGUAUUGUUGAAUCAUAUAUAAAAGAUGUUUCUGCAUACGAUAAUUUUACGUAUUUACGUAUUACGUAUUACGUACGGUAUUAUAAAAUGAUUUUUAAAAAUAAAUUUUAUAUUAAGUUGCUGAUACUUAACUUUGCCAGAAAUAUGCUUGUUAAAACUGUAAUUUGUGCAAAUAGAUAUUUUUAGAUGAUCGGCAUGAAAGUGAAAUUCAUUCAAUAACUACGCAAUAGUUUGGAAGAAGCGUUUCAUUUUAAAAAAUGUAUAUAAGAAUAUGUGUGCAUGUGUGCGUGUGUGUAUGUGUGUAUGUGUGUAUGUGUGUUUAAAUGUGUAUUUUUUAAUAAUUUUUACGUGUUAAAAAAAUCACGAUUCAAUUUAUUUUAAUUAAUUAUAAUAUAAAAUGUGUAUUCGAUAACAUAUAAAAAACAAUAUAUGUUUAAUAACAACACAUAUUUUGAUGACAAAAAUCCUACUUAAAAAUCUUUUUGCAAUGCAUUAUUGUCGAAAAUGACUUGAUAAUAUCGCAACUUCGCAAACAAACAUGUGAUAAGGUGUAAUCAAUAGUUGACAAAUAUUUGUUUUUGUGAUAAUUGUACAAACAGAUAACACAUUAAAAUCAUAUGAUUUGCAGCUGGAUAUUUUUUUAAUUGCGUUUAAAAGUUUUUAUAUUGAUAGUUAAUAUUAAUAGUUUAUAUCAAAAAGUUUUUAGAUCAACGUUAAUAUUAUCGUUACUAUACUAUUAAAAAAUUUGCUGUGAGCCUAACUUAAAAUUACACGAAUUAAAAUAACAUGAAUUGUUCCUCUAUAUGAAUGUUGCAAAACAAAACGUUUCUGACGUGUGCCAAAAUGUACAAAAGGCAAAUAUAAAAGAAGAAAUGUGUGGUAAAGAUUAUAUAUAAAAAUCGUGUAGGAUUCUUGGAAUAUAAAACUAGUAGAACAGUGAGUUGUAUUUAAAUUUUUUUUACAAAACUAUUUUCUGCCGUAAGCGUUAACGUUCAUUAUUUUUUGUUUCCUAAAAAAAUAUAAUGUAAAUCCGUUUUUCGUUAUUUUAAAUUAUUGUAAAACUAUGCCAAUUAUAUGCCUAUAACAAAAUCGCAUUGCUGCUUAUAACAUUGCUGUAUAUAAAAAAAAAAAAACUGAUAUUUGUGAACUUUAUCAACAGAAAUUGCAUUGUAUUAUAUCUUAAAUCACUUAAAUAGGUUGUAACGCGCGCGCGCGCGCACUCGUGAAUUUAAAUUAUUAGUAAGAACUGAAUGUAAAACAGCUAUCUGUAAAUGUAUCAACGCCGAUACUGUAGACCGAGAGAACAAUAGCAGUUGUGAAUUAAUGUGUAGCUAUAAUCUUUGAAGAGAAUUAUUGUAAAUGUACCGAGCUAUAUACACACAUUGCACGUUCAUGUGUGUGUAUGUAACUGUACCGGAAAGGAAUAUUCUAGAAUAAAAAAUAGUAUAUUUUUAGAAUGUAUUUUAAAAUUACAAAUUACUAUAUCGUACAUGAUGAGUGUCAAAAAAAUGUCUAGAUUUCUGUAAUUAAUAAAUUUACGAUUUUGUGU